AUGGCUCGCGUGCUCAAGUUGUCUGAAGUGAAGGAGCUCGUCCUCGGUAAGAGGACGCUCGUUACAGUCGAUGCCGACGACUCGUUAACAACAGCGCUGAAGCUGUUUCAGGAGCACCACGUGACGUCGAUGCCCGUGCGCAACCGUCGCCUCUCUGCACCGCACCAAACCGAGAAGCCGUCGCUCAAGAAGCCCCAAGCUUUGCAGUCCAUCAUGGUGCAUCCGUCACCCAUGCGAUUCGUCGGCAUGGUGAGUCGUCGUCGCACGUCGCGCGUGCAAUUCAUCGGCAUGCUUUCGGUGGUGGACGUGGCGAUCUUCCUCGCGGAGUGGGAUGGUAACAAGGGCGCGCGUGGCGACGACGGCGAAAUGGUGGCGAAGACCCUGUGCGACGUGAAGGUCGCUGACGUCAUGGGCAAGUCCGAGGAGACACGUCAGAUGGUCGUCGUGGAUCCCCAUGCCAGUGUGUGGCAGGCGAUGCUGCUGCUAGGCGCGGGCGGCUUCCAUCGCGGCCUCGUACCCAACAUCUGCCCGGGCGAGCACGACCUGCUCCCUCUCACCGAGCCUCCCCCCAAGCCCACCUCCCUGGCGGAGAGGCGCGCAGAGAAGGAGGAGAAGGGUGAGGAGGAGGAGGGGGAGGGGGAGGGAGCAGGAGCGGCGGUGGUGCCGGCGCCGCCGAUGCCUCUGGCGGUGCAUAGCGAGGUGACGGGCGGCGUGGUGGGCGAGGAGUAUCGCGUGCUGUCUCAGAUGGACGUCGCCACGUUCCUGCUGUCGCACGAGGGGCUCAUGGGACUUGCACUGGCUAAGAAGGUGGAUGAUCUGGGACUGGUGUGGCCGUUGGUGGUCACCAUAACGCCGUCUGACACUCUGCUGCACGCCUUCCGCCUCUUCAGGCGCCACCAGGUCACUGCACUCCCUGUGGUGGCUGCACAUGCGUCUGAGCCCCAUUCCGGCUUCCACGCGUGCGGCGAGGUUCUGAUCGACACUCUCUCCGCCUCUGACGUGCGCUGCAUUCACGUGCUGGAAGGGGGGGUGGAGGGGAAGAAGGGGCAGGAGGGGUUAAAGGAGGAGAAGAAAGAGGGGAAGAAGGAAGAGGGGAAGGGGAAGCACGGGAAGAAGGGGAAGGAGAGGAAGGGUCACCAUGCGAAGAAGACUGCGGUGCGGGUGGGUGAGGAGGAGUUUGAGGACCUGGGGGAGGUGACCGUGGGUCAGUUCCUGAGCGCUGUCAGGACGGCACAGAACCGCCACCUCAUCACGUGCACUCGCAACACGAGUCUGAGGCGGGUGCUGCACCGCAUGGUGAGGGAGAGGGUGCACCGCGUGUGGGUGGUGGACCAGCAGGAGCAGCCCUCGCCCAUGCCCUCCCCUAGCAUCCCCUCUACAAGCAUCUUCAAGGACAACCUAGAAGACCAGGGUCAUGCUGGCAACGGCAAGCCGAAGCCGCACGCUGCUACAGUGCUGCCGGCUAUGGGAGGGGUUGGAGGAGGAGGAGUGGGUGGGGGAAGUGUGGAGAUGCAUUUACAGGGGGUGGUGAGCCUUACGGACAUUCUUCGUAUUGUGCGUGUGCUGCCCAUUGCUAGUCUCUCUUCCUCUCAGCUGGGCGAACUGGGGAAGGAGCUGGAUGUGCAGGAGGGAGGGGAGGGGAAAGAGGAGGAGUUGGAGGGGUGGGAGAUGGGUGGAGGGGAGUUCCUUAUGCCUGAUUGGAGCAUCGCGCCUGGGUCCCUGCUGGAUUGGUGGCCGAAAAUGAGCAAGUCUUCGUCGGUUGGUGCUUGA